AUUGACAAUUGAAUUUCUUCAAGGCUGUCCUACACCAGCCACCGUAGUCCGCCCCUCUUCAGAGAAUAGAAAAGUUUAGAAAGUGUCGCAGUGUAUUGCCAGGUAUUGUCAAAUGUUAGGCAUCCACCAACUGACGACUUCAGGUGAAGGAACCGUCUUAUAAGAGUCUGAAAUAUAACGGAUGGUAAAUGAAUGGUGUACUAAAGGAUCUGUAUCGUUUUGCGGGCUAGAUUGAUCUUUAGAGAAGUUGAUGCCGAAUGAAAACUGCGAAGCUAACUUCUUUGGUUGCCAUAGCAACACACGCCUGAGCCUCAGUGAGUGGGAGUUUUGCAUUUACUGGUGGCGAACGAUGCCCAACUAGGUUGUCGGUACAGGAGGGAACUGCUAGGGCCUAGCUGAUGGAAUUCCUCGAGUCCUCCACGACGCGCUGACGCAGCCAGAGGCUUCUGGAGCUGGCAUUGAAAUGGCCUCCCAGUGGACGCGCGUGAGCAGCGCAGAGAGGAAGGUGCCUCACACGCGCAUGGAGGAUGAGAUCGACAUCCAGCAAAUCUACUCCUUUGGGAGGAAACUAGGUCAAGGAAGCUUUGGGGUCGUCUGCGAAGCCACCCACAAAGACACGGGAAAGAAGUGGGCCAUCAAGAAGGUGAACAAAGAAAAGGCAGGGAGCUCUGGAGUGAAACUGCUGGAGAGGGAGGUGAGCAUCCUGAAGCGAGUCAAUCAUGAGCACAUCAUUCACCUGGAGGAAGUCUUUGAGACGCCAAAGAGGAUGUACCUGGUGACGGAGCUGUGUGAGGGCGGCGAGCUGAAGGAGCUGCUGCAGAAGAGGAAGCGCUUCAAAGAGGAGGACGCGUGCCACAUCAUCAGCAGCCUUGCCGAGGCCAUCGUCUAUCUGCACAAGAAGGACAUUGUGCACCGAGACCUCAAACUGGAAAACAUACUUGUUAAGAGUUAUCACCAUGGCGACGAUAACAACACGGUUAAUAUCAAGGUGACAGACUUUGGACUGUCUGUGCAGAAGGGUGGGGUGGGCAGUGAGAACAUGCUGCAAGCCACCUGUGGCACUCCAAUCUACAUGGCUCCUGAAGUCAUCAACGGGCACGAGUACAGCCAGCAGUGUGACGUCUGGAGCAUCGGAGUCAUCAUGUACCUGCUGCUGAGCGGAGAGCCUCCGUUCAUGUCCAGCUCGGAGGAGCGGCUCUUUGAGUUGAUCAAGAAAGGCGAGCUCACCUUCAGCGCCCCUGUCUGGGACAGCAUCAGCGUCGCAGCUAAGAAAGUGUUGUGCUGCCUGCUGAAGGUCGACCCUGCCCACCGCAUCACUGCCAGUGAGCUGCUGCACAACCCCUGGAUCACAGGUGACACCACAACGGCGGGCACCACCACCAACGUGCUGGAGAUGAUGCGCCAGUUCCGGAAUGAUCUGGAGGACUCUGAAGUGGAUGAGGCAGACUCCGUGUUGCAGCAGCUAUCGCUGCACUGCUCUCAGGACAGCCAGGCUGAGCCACAGACGCAGACGCAGACGCAGACUCAGACUCAGACACAGACUGAGGCCUCGCUAGAGCAGUCCGGCUGCUGCAACUGUGUGUUGCUCACCGAGGAGGCAGACACAGACGGCAGCAAGCCCUCCACCCCUUCCAAACAGCGGAAGAAAAAGAAAUCCUCACCUUCCUCCUCCAAUGGGGUGAAAAAGAAUGGGUCGUUCUUAAAGACUUUCCAUAAUACACAGUCCCACGCAGGUGGUGGCAAACCCUCUGCAGGCCAGUCGGGCACUAAGCACAGCGGCCCCGCGGACCGGAGCGAGGCGGGCCCUUCCGCCAAGUCUGCGGCUGGCCCCAGCAAGUGCGAGACCCCGAGCGGCUCCUGCAACAGCCACGCCCCAUCUCCCAGCGGUGGGCACAGGACCGGCUCCCCUAAACCACCCCCUUCCGGCUGCGCCAAGACCAAGAAGGUCCCCUAGGGUUGGGGAAACACAGGUGGAAGCCUCGCGGGUCAAAAGAGUGCCAAAACAGCAGAAUGCGGUACGCAGUGUACCCUGGAGUGUGACUAGCCUGCUGGACACAUGAAACAUCCAAUUCCUUCCCCACCCACAAAAUAUGGCAAUUCUUCUGUGGCCUUUACCAGUGAAUCCUGGACUAUGCAGCCGAGUUGCUUAUCCAAGCACCACACCCAUUCCACCCAUCUUCCACUUCAUCAUCAUCAACUCAAACACAACAUCGUCAGUACAGUCCUCUGGAAGCAUUUAAUUUACUCCUGUUCUGUACCUUCAAUGAUGACCUCCCCUCCUUUGAACUGUGGUGGAGGCAUGAAAACCGGGAUGGGAUAGCUCUUGAAAUGGACAAGGCCAGGUUGGCUCAGGGCCACUAGCAAUGAAGAGUCAGCUGAGCAUGAGCAGGGCAUGCCCGUCCCGUCAUAUGACUUUUUUUAACCUACGCUCAGCAGCAGGUUAACAAUCUAAUCAUUAAAAAACACACAUAUUAAAAUAUCUUUUGUGAAACGAAGGAGAGUGUUAUAAUUAUUUAGAAACUGUAAGGAAUAUGUUGAGGGCAUACAGGGUUAGGUUGUUGUUACUCCAUAAAAGGUUUUUUUGAACCUAGCAACAAAUACAUCUCCAAGCUGUGUGAUACACAUUUAUUU